UACCAUUCUCGGACCAAUUUCAGCCUCAAAUUCGAAGUGCGCGGUGAAUGGAAAUUUUAUCCGUUAUUUGCCGAUGCUCUUCAAGGCUCAAGCUAGAGUUGAAUCUUGCUCUCAGCUCAAUCGCACGAAUACCGGAAUUGCGCGCAAUUCCAGGUAGAAAUGAUUAUAAAGGGUCUAUUUAGGAGACAUGAGAGGUGGAAUCCAGUGCAUCCAACAAUCGGAGCCUUUUGGGGCAUUGGAAUAGGCAUAGGUUGCGGUGUAGGAUGGGGUCCCGGCUUUGGCCAUGAGGUUGUUGGCUACGUUGGAGCCGGCUGUGGUGCUGGAUUUAAUGUCGGGAUCACUUUUCUUGGUGUUGGCAUUGGCCUUCCUGCUAAUUACCUAUUUAGGGCCCCUCCUAGUGGUUCCAAAAUUGACAGUUUGAAGAACAUUAGGGAUUUACCUGAUGUCAGAAGCAUGUUGGCUUCCCAUACUAAGCAUGUGACUGAUUGUUUACAUAGAGUCAGUGGAGGCUUAUUUCCCUCUGAAUAGAGGUCCAUAGAGUCGGCCAGAGGAUCCAUAAAGGGAACUACUCGUUUCAGUAUGCUCCUACAACUGCUCCACGAAUAGACUCUAUUUGCGUAUAACAAUCUUCAGACGAAAUUCUUCUAUCCUGACGAUAGAAGAGGCUUUCCUCCAUUUAUUUGCUAUAACGAUGAGAAAAGAAUACAUCCAAAUUUUUGAGUUCACAUUGAAACAUUGUGAUUUUUGUAGUUAUAGUUAGGCCUGAUGCUCGAGCCGCUUGUAUAUGUGUUUUUGUAAAUAUUGAUCUUUCUUGUGGAGUUAUCAUAUCAUAUGCCUAUUCUGCUGUGUAACUACAUAUAGGGCGUUUGGUUUGGUGGAUGAGACAAAUAAGAUUGAUAUGAUCGAAGGAUGAUUUUAUCCAUUAGGGGCCUAAUCAGCCUAA